AUACAGAAAUUCUUCAGCACAAGCAAUGUGCUCUCUGCUGAGAAAGAUAAACCCACUGCUUCCAAAGGCAGCACCACUGAAGGGGCAUCAAAGAGUCAGAAGGGUACAGCAGAGACACCAAAGCAGAAGCUGUUAGACAUUAUUGGUGAUAUGAAAGUGGAAGUGAGCUACAGGAAGAAACUCCAAGAAUUAAAAGCCAGUAGGAGACAAGAACAAGCCACGGACAAGUUGCAAGGCCCAGACAGUGCAGGUCCUGCACCUCAGAGAACUACAGAAGACAUCAAACGAGGAAAGCCUUUAAAUCCAGAACUGGUGAAGGCUGCUUCUGCAGUCGCAUCUUCCCUUCCCCUCAACAAGAAGCAAACAGAAUCAGAGCUGCUUGCACAACUACGAAGACAUGAAGAAACCACAGAUAAGCAGAAGAAGGGGGGAACUGUUAACAUACGCGACGUGAUUUCAGAAAUGACGGUUAAAAGGCAGUCCCCAGCUCAGAGGGGUGUGAGGAUAGCCAGUCGCAUUUCCUUGGACUUGGAUGAGGAUGGGCAAAGAAUAAGGCCAGGACAAUUGUCAUCUCGGUCUCUUGACUCCAGAAGAAGUCUCAAAGUAGGAAAGAGGCUUAAUAUAUUCACCAAGGCUUCUACAGAGCCAGAACACACACUGAAAACAGUAUCUUCACCAACAAUUUGGGAUCUGGAGUUUGCAAAGGAGAUAGCAGCAAUAACUGCACAGCCUCCCCGAAAUGGUUUUGAGGAGAUGAUCCAGUGGACAAAAGAAGGAAUACUGUGGGAGUUCCCAAUUGACAAUGAAGUUGGAAUGGAUGAUGGUGCUGAAUUUCAUGAACACAUCUUUCUGGAGAAACACCUCGAAGUCUUUCCCAAGGAAGGACCUAUUCGCCACUUCAUGGAACUAGUCAUCUGUGGGCUGUCCAAAAACCCAUACCUCAGUGUUCAGCAGAAGAUUGAACAUAUAGAGUGGUUUCACAAGUAUUUUGAGGAAAAGAAGGAACUCCUUCAAGAGAUUUGAGACUUGGGAAAGUGCUUGCCCUUGAAAUGAAGAA